AUGUCGCACCCCGGCCUCACCCUCGGCGGCCUGUCCCUCCUGGCGGCGAAGUGGCUCGCCGAGCUCCGUGCCGCCUGGCCGUCCCACGCAGAGGCCCUGAAGCUAGCGCUGCAGCGCUUCUUCCACCAGUGGCGUCAAGACGUGCAGAAGCUCACCGCGCGGCAGUCGAAGCACAUUCCUUCCACGAGGAUAUCAAACUGGUCCUGUGUCAUUGAAUCAGAGAGACAUUUGCAGCUGCUGGAAGCUUGCCUUGCAUCAGCCUGUGUGGAGGUAAUUCUACCUGCUGGACAUCAAGUACAACCUGGACAAGGACAUCCUCUACAUCUACAACGUGAACGUCACUGCACACAAAGAACUGUCACCAGUAUCAGGACUCAGCUUUCCUCAGCCUUCAGAAACUUGACGAAGCAGUCGCACUGUGGACCUGCUGAUGAGCUGGAGAUGGAGUGCGUUUACUGCGGUGCUUUGGCAGAAGCAGUCUUCUCCUCAAUCUUCACGCGCUUGGGUGGAGGCACUCGCAUCAGAAGGAACCGCUGCUGGAUUGCCGCCUGUUUUUCAUCCUGGCAUUUGCAGACUGGAACCCGCUUCGUCUGCGCAGCUGGUUGUGCUGGUGCAGCAGGAGUUUGCGAUGCUGCGCAGUCGGAUCCAGACAUUGGUGUGGCGAGGGUGCCAAGCUUGAUGUGGUAG